GGAAGUAUACUAAACUAAAAAAAUACCUGCAGUGUUUAUUUCUUUGCUUGAUCACAAUACGAACGAAUGCGUUACUCUCAUAAUUAAAACAUUGUGAUUUCGAGACGACAUUGCUGGGUAUGGCAUAGUCUCGGGGGUAAAUGGGUAGGCUAUAACAAGCGGAGUAAGGUGAGGUAAAUUUACUCUUGACAGUUAAUCAACAUCACCAAUUACUCUGAUUAAGAGCGCAUGAAUGAAUGUAGGCCUCGUUGAGACAUCUAGUUAAACCCCUCCUGUCACGUAUGCCCAAGUGAUUGGAAAUCUGGUUUGAUAUUAGCCUUAUACUGACGUUGUGGGGAAUCUUCAGGAACAUCAGCCCUGAACUUCUCUGUAGUCCACACUCAAGAGACUGAAAAUGAACAUCCUACCCAAAAAGAGUUGGCAUGUCCGCAACAAGGACAACGUUGCCAAAGUCCGUCGCGAUGAGGCUCAAGCAGCUGAAGAGGAACGCCAGAUUCAGAAACGCAUAGAGCGUGCAGAGCAAGAGGCACGGACACAGUUCUUGAGAAACAAGUCCCGAGCUGCCCUCGAAGAGAGUGGGGUAGCCAGCGAGGAGAUAACGCCAGGAGGAGAGGGGGGCCGAGCAGAUCUGGAGCUUUUGAACCUCUUCCCCCUGGAAGACGCUGCUUCAAAGAAGGGCAAUGAGGAGUAUCUGAAGGAGAAGAAAGAGGAGAAGGAGAAGCAGGAGCGAGCCAUUGGCCUGCUCGUAUCGCUUGGCCCGCAACCAGGCACCGAGGCGCCGUGGUACUUGAAGAGCAGGAGCGAACGAGAGCAGCAGAAGGAGGAGGAGAAGAAGAAAGAGAAGAAAGACAACGGCAAGGAGAAGGACCGGUGGAAGCGCAGGAGCUACACGCAGGAGGAGAAAGAGAAGAAAGACAAGAGGCUGAAGGACAGUAUGGACCCCCUGGCGGACAUGAAGAAGGCCCUGGCCAAGAAAGGGCACAAAGACAAGAAGAGCAAGAAGAAGGAGAAGAGGCACAGGGAGGAGGGGAGCAGCGCAGGGCCCAGCUCCAUAGAGAAGCUGCGUGCGGAGCGACUGCAGAGAGAGGCGGAGGAGAAGAGGAGAGCGAAAGCCCUGCUGGAUCAGAGAAGUGGCGGUGGGGCAAAGGAGAAGCAGCCAGAGAGGGUGGUGAUGGAGCGAGACCGGCCUUACAACAGCGCCUACUUCCCAGAGCUGGCCCGCAAGAGGCAGAAGAGGGACAUUGACUUCUCCGAGUUCUAUAAAUAGGCGGGUAGGGUCAAGGAUUGUACUGUAUAGGCAUGAAAGGCCAUCCGGGUACUUUGCUCGUAAAUGUGCGUUACGCCCCUUUAUGGAGGAAAACCGAAUGUCUCAUCAACUUACAUGCUACAUCGGCUGGCCAAAUGAACACAGAGUCCAUGCUUCAGCCACGGCUGUUUGGCUAUAUUAUUUGAACAGCCGGCAACACAACACGUUUUCGGCAUGUUGCGCGUGAACAACGCUAGUCUACAGGUCCUUAUCUUUCGUUUAUUAAACCCCAACGGUCACCAAUUGACUUGCAUUGGCUGUUUUCCCCCACAAAAGGGCGUAACGCACAUGGAAAACGUCACUUCUUUCAUGAGUAUUGGGCCCUGGACUUCUACCUCGCAAAUGGCAGCUUCAUACCGCUGGUGUGAUUUUCUUUUACUCCAUAUGACCAGGCGGCAAUGAUGGAUAUUGAAGGCAAUGCAUACCCGUUGUCAGUCAUAUUGAUAAUGUUACUUAGACUUGCCCCUGCCCCCAAACCUAACCGUCAGUGAAGUCAAGUUGCCGUGACGGCGUGGUUUUGAGUAAAGUGGCCGUUUUAGACCCCAGAUGCGUACUCUUGGCGUCCAAUAUUGCUGUCUGGUCAGUGAGUUGAAAAGUGACACGUCGGAAUGAUGCUAUGUAGUAAAUAGACACACAAAGUGAAAGUCAAAAGCAUCUGUCCUCACUGGCUGGCAAACUGCGGUGGGUUGCCGGGAUAAACUUGAACCAUGGAUGGAGGACUGUGUGUGUGGGGUGAGGGACAGGAAGGAUAGGUCGGAAUAUUUGUAAUGUGGGUGUUGUAAAUAAAUGUUUGUUUUGAUUUUGAA